GCCAUAGAGACCGAUGCUGUUAAGAGCGAGAGGCCUGGAGAAGGUGGGAGCGAGGAUGAAGGUGCCUCUGGCCUCCGGCGCGGAAGGGGGUGGGCGGAAGGACCGAGACGUUCCUGAGAGCUGGCUCUGAAACCCCUGCCCGGUUUGACUUUGCUUUCCUGCCGACCCCGACUGUGAAUGGAAGGGUUUAUCCCUGGUGUCAAAGGCAGGAACAGCCGAGCCCCUAACGUACCCUUGGUGGUGAGAGCCCAGAAGUGGGCGUUUCACUUUACCAGCGUCUAGGGAGCCCCUGAGGCUAUGCCCUUUGACCUUUGGUAUGUGUGCAGCUUCUGCUUCUUCAGAUGUGAAAAACAUGAAUGAAAGAGAUGGACCAUUCACAACCAUUCAGAGAAAUGAUAGUGCGGAUAAUCUGGUAUUCCGUAUGAAAAAUGGGAUGAGAAACACCAAGUAUAAACCAGUCGACUAUCAACAGUUGCGUGCGUUAACUGAGGCAAAAAAAUUAGCUUCUGCCUCAACAGAGCUAAAGAUCAAAAAAGCAGUGCAGACUUCAAAGCUAUCUAAAGAACACACACUGGUAAAACAGCACAAGCAAGUGUGGUGGCAAGAGCACCAAAGGCUGCAUGAAGUCAGACAUAAAAUGGAAUCUGAAAUAAAAUCCUUACUCAUUGAAGAAAACAUCGGAAAUGAAUGCCUUUGUGACAUUGUGGAUUUUGAACAAGCAUUAUCAGAGCAAUGGGUUGCCUAUGUUAAAAAUGUCCUAAGUCCUGUUUGGCAAUUGAGAGCAGAUCUAAAGCACAAACAUCCUACUUUACAGCAUUCACACCCACAUACUGAGCUUAACUCAGUGAAGCUGCUGGAGGAGGUUGACAUUGUGAAGAAACAAUUGAAAGCUGUCUUUGAAAAACUUAUUCUAGAGCAACAGAAAAUAGAAAAUGAUCUUUCAGACUGGAGUGUGAAAAUACUAGAGCAUUCUUCAGCAGAAAAAACCAAUGUGCUUAGUGAACCGCCCAUGGAAUUAGAAACUUUGGAAUGUCCCUACCCUGACUUGAAAUCUUCAAUCCUUAAUGAGUUCUGUAACUUUACAGAGAAAUAUCAAAAGAAACUUCAAGAUUUUGAUCUGCAAUUACAAGACAUAUACAGAAACUUCCAGUUAAGUGAAGAAGACCGCUGGAUUUAUCAGGCUGUUUUGGAUCAGUAUCCUGGAUAUCUCGCUGGCAGAAGGACACUGUACCUAGACAUGUUGCAAAGAUAUCUCCCUCACAAAUCCAGGCAUGAUUUGGUUGAACACGAGAAAUAUUGGGAUCAAUAUCGCUUUGCUAGAGAGCAGCGAAGGGUCCUGAUAUCAAAUUGGAAUAAGAACAGGAGAGACUUUAUACAGAAGGCUGUGCUGACCCUCACAGAGGCCUGCAUAGCUCAUGAAGCAGAGGGCACAUUGGCUAGAGACAGAAGAAAGCAACAGGAGUUGUGUGCUGAUUUGAAAGCCAAGGUUCUUCAAUGGCGAGUCCACCAAGAAGAGGUAGCAAGACUGGAAAUGGAAAUUUCUGUCAGAAGAAGAGAAAAGGAAGAGGAGAAGGAGAAACGGUGGAAGAAGAAAGAAUUGAUGCAAAGAGAAGAGAAGAAAAACAAAAUUAGAAGAUACUGGGCUAAGAAAGAGCAGAAGUGGCAAGAAAUGGAAAUGAGAGAUCUUCAGCGUCUAGAAGAACUAAAGAAAUUAAUGGCUGAACAGUCAAUAAAAGACAGAGAAAGGGUCAAAUAUAGACAAGAAUUACUGGAAAAGCGUUUGAUGGAGAAAAAAGAAGUGGCCCUUCAAGAAGCCCAUGAGGAAGAAGAGAGAGAGAGGCGGCUAGAAGCCCUCAGGAAACAGGUUGCUAUUGUCGCUCAAUUUGAUCCUGUUAGAAUGAUGUCAGAUACAAUGGCAUCGAAAGCUAAGAUGGGUGUUGAAAUGGAAGACGAAUUUAUUCUUCAAAAGCCUCUCUUCACAUUGAAUACAUACAAUGAACAGCAGAUAAUUUCUGACCCUAGACUUCGCUUUGAGUUAGCACUUCGUGAAGCUGGACUUCAUAAAACAUUUUAUGCCAAAGAGAUACUACCAAAAAUCAGUCCUCAGAAACCUCCAAGAAAGGACAUGGAGUCUACUGUAUUUAAAAUCUAGAGGUCAUUUU